GUGCCGGGGGGACCCCAAGGUGGGGGGGGACACGACAUGCAGGCGUACGGCCCCCCCCCGCCGCCGCAGGACCCGUCCGUGGGGCUGUCGAAGGCGCUGAGCUACGUCCUACGCCAUGGGGCCGCGGCCGUGGGGCUGCCCAUGGGGCCGGAUGGCUUUGCCGAGGUGGGGCCCUGCUGCGGCUUGCCGCGCUUCGCGGGGGUCUCGGAGGAGGAUUUGCGGCGGCUGGUGGCCGCGGACCCCAAGGGACGCUUCGCCCUGCGCCCCAACCCCCUGCGCAUCCGUGCCAACCAGGGGCACUCCCUGCAGGUGCCGGCGCUGGAGCUGACGCCCCUGCGGACCCCCGAGGCGUUGCCCCCCACCCUGGCCCACGGCACCCGCCGCCGCCUCUGGCCCCCCAUCCGUGCCGGGGGGCUGGCACCCAUGGGGCGCACCCACAUCCACCUGGCACCCGGCCUCCCCGGGGACCCCGGUGUGCGCAGCGGGAUGAGGCUGGAUUCGGAGAUCGCCAUCAUCAUCGACGGCCCCCGGGCACUGGCGGAGGGGAUCCCCUUUUUUCCGCUCAGCCAACGGGGUGAUCCUGACGCCGGGGGACGCCGGGGGGCGACUCCCCCCAAAAUAUUUCCUCUACGUCCUGCAGCUGCGGCCACACCGGUGUCUGCUGCCACUGGAGGGGCCCUUGCACGAGGACGGGGGGUGAGAGGCCCUCGCACGAGGACCCUGGUGCCCAGCAGAAGCCAUUAAACCAUUCACCGCCGUGA